AUGUCCUAUAACCGCUAUGUGGCCAUCUGCAAAACUCUGAACUACGGGACCCUCCUGGGCAGCAAUGCUUGUGUCCACAUGGAAGCAGCUGCCUGGGGCACUGGGUUUCUCACUGCUCUGCUGCACACAGCCAAUACAUUUUCCUUGCCCCUCUGCCAGGGCAAUGCCCUGGACCAGUUCUUCUGUGAAAUCCCCCAGAUCCUCAAGCUCUCCUGCUCACACUCCUACCUCAGGGAACUUGGGCUCCUUGUCAUCAGUGCUUGUUUAGCUUUUGUGUGUUUUGUUCUCAUAGUGGUGUCAUAUGUGGAGAUCUUUAGGGCCGUUCUGAGGAUCCCCUCUGAGCAGGGCAGGAUCAAAGUCUUUUCCACGUGCCUCCCUCACUUGGCCGUGGUCUCCCUGUUCAUCAUCACUGGCAUCUUUGCCUACCUGAAGCCCCCCUCAAUCUCCUCCCCAUCCCUGGACCUGGUGGUGUCAUUUCUGUACUCGGUGGUUCCUCCAGCCACGACAGAGUUACAUAAAUUGUAG